AUGGAGAAAACACCUGCGACUCAAGGGGUGCUAAAAGGGUUCACACUAAUCGAGCCCAGAAAAUAUGGCGGCCGCGACAGACGGAAUUUGAUCGCUGCCUUCGGUAGUCUUUGCAUCGUCAUGCUGAUGGUCGCUCUUGACGCUACAUCCCUAGCAGUUGCAUUGCCCGUGAUUACAAAAGCUCUUAAUGGCUCCGCUGUGGAGGGCUUUUGGAGCGGCACGUCGUUUCUUCUCGCAUCUACUGUAUUUCAGCCAAUACUGGGGUCUUUUUCAAAUGUCUUUGGAAGAAAACCGCUUAUUAAUGUUAGCCUGACCCUUUUCUUAAUGGGCUCCGUCGUUAUUGCGGUUGCCACAAAUUUCACAGUUGUACUAGUAGGAAGGACCAUCCAAGGUGCAGGCGGAGGUGGUAUCCUGUGCCUGACGGCCUUGAUAAUCGUUGACAAGAUUCCUCUGAAAGAACGUGGAAAAUGGUUCAGCUCGAUCGGAGCCAUGUGGUCGAUCGGCACCGUAACAGGUCCUUUACUUGGAGGGGGCUUAGCCAAAGAAGCCUUGUGGCGCUGGAUUUUCUGGAUCAACAUUCCAUUCAUCUGUAUUGGCGGGAUAUCCAUCGCAAUAUUUUUGAAGUUCGACAAGACCAAUGUGGCUCUCGUCGCAAAAAUGGAAGAGUUAGACUGGGUCGGAAUGAGUCUCUUCCUUGCAUCGAUAACGGGAUUUCUUAUCCCCAUCACGCGAGGUGGUGUCGAAUGCCCCUGGAACUCAUGGCGUACGCUUGUACCACUCUUCCUCUGCAUUGCUGGACUGAUGGUGUUUGCCUUACACCAGGAGUACGUGGCCAAAAACCCAUUCAUUCCUAUUGGCCUCUUCAAAAAUCGGUCUGCAGCAAUCAUUUACGUGCAAACAGUCAUAUACGGAAUCAUUCUAUCGAUGGGCAUGUUUUACCUUCCACUCUAUUUCGAGGCAGCAAAGGACAUGUCACCUGUUAUGGCAGGUGUUUCCUUGUUCCCAUGGACCUUUACGCUGGCUCCAGCUGCAAUGGUUGUCGGAAUAGCUGUAUCAAAGACGGGGGCGUACCGAUGGGCGAUUUGGCUAGGGUGGUGCCUUGUGACGUUCAGCAUGAGCCUCCUUGUACUGCUCAAAUCUGACACACCAACGGCCGCGUGGGUAUCAAUAAGUCUCGUUGGUGGUAUUGGACUUGGUGCGCUCUAUCCGGCAAUGAUUCUCGGUGUUCAAGCCUCUUCAACGGUGGAAAAUCAAGCCCCUGCAACAAACAUGUUCACAUUUUCCAGAGCUCUUGGCCAAACCCUCGGCGUUGCAGUUGGUGGAGUCAUGUUCCAAAAUAUGAUUGAGAAGAGAAUGUUGUCAAAGCCGCUCUUGGCUAUGAAAGCCAAGGAAUACUCCAAAGAUGCAAUAGGCUUGGUACAGAUCAUCAAAGCUAUGCCCAUGAACAAUGCAAAGGAACAGCUGAUCGAGAGCUUCACUUACGCACUUAGUUAUAUCUGGGUCGUAGCGGCAGUGAUCGCAGGAAUUGCACUGCUCGCGAGCAUCUUCAUCGAGGCGUAUCAGUUGAACAAUCCACUCGCGGUAGACGAGACCGCCAAAGACGACAAAAAUUAA